UUGCAGAAUAAUCAGCAGAAAUAUGUUACACAGAGAAGGUAGUCUAUAUAGCGCCUUACACAGUAGUACGUGUAUGCAAGACUUCCAAAGUUCCACUCACCUCCAGUGAUUUAAGGAGAUAACCAUGAAAGUUCUCAUCAAUGUUUUUGUAUUUACCUUCUGCGUGGCUUCUGAGCAUGCUGAAAUGCGAAGACCGAGCAUUUGCCUCCUACCUCCAGUAACUGGCCCCUGCAAAGCACGUAUACCAGCGCAGUAUUAUAAUCCUCAAAAAGAUUCCUGUGAAGAAUUCACCUAUGGCGGUUGCGGAGGGAACGAGAAUCGAUUCGACACGCAACAACUGUGCGAAGCGACGUGCCUACCCAAAAAGGGAAAGCCGAAUCCAUGUGAGCAACCACCAGAACCUGGCAACUGCCGAGCACGCAUACCAAAAUGGUUUUUUGAUGUCCGAUCAAGGAAUUGCAAAAUUUUCACCUACGGCGGUUGCGGCGGAAAUCAGAAUAACUUCGAUUCUGAAGAAAUCUGUCAGGCGACAUGCCUACCAACAUUCAGGCGAGGAAUCGUCUGCAGCCGAGACCCACAACGUCUACAGUGCCUUUGGGGUCCACGAUGGUUCUUUAAUACUACGGUCCACACCUGCCAGCGACUUCCACGUGACCAAUGCGCAACGAGUGCUAACAGGUUUCCAUCAUGUGUGAACUGCAUGCGGAGAUGCACAAAUUACAAGGCAAGGGAGACAUGCCGUGAAAUCUUUAGGGCACUUCCUGGGCCCGGACAGCCGGAAUGAGCAUAUAAUUCAACGCCUUCCUCCGGACAAUCUAGACAGUAAUUUUGUGCCAAGAUUUAUCGUUUCACUGAAGAAUACUUACUACACACACUAAAACAUCGCUACCGAACAAUAGAAUAC